AUGCCUAUCACCAGAAGCGGUGAUUCGAGACCAUUUCUGUUUGUUUGCAUUCGUGACGAGAACGACCCUCAGCGACCUGAUGGGCGAAUUCAUAUAUAUGAUACGACUGAUCCUAUGCGCGAUGUUAGAUUUGUAUACACCGUCACUGGUGAUUUGAAGUGUAGAAAGAACGACUUCCAUGAUGUGCAUAUCAUUGAUAACAAAGUCACUGACGCACAAUGCCCUGGAAAAGAUGAUUCGCAGAUGUAUAUUACUACCGUUCUUGACCCGCUCGACAAGAACAGGAUUCGCUACUAUGACACCACUGAUAUACGAAGUUGGAAGAUGGUUCACGAGAUCCACGCUGACUGGGAGUAUGCAACAGAUGGACUUGGCAAUGUUCGUUUCUACACGUUCCAAGCGAAUCCUUGGUUGAGGCUUUUCGCGGGAGCUCAGAGAAUAAUCGCUAGCAAGAAGUAUAUCAACACUUGGUUUUAUGAGUUCUCUACUCUCGAUGGGAAGACCCUGUUCACCUCGCCUGACAGAGACACCGUUGUGGUCAGAUCUUUGCGAAAGGACCGGAUCUAUUCGUUUUCACUGAGUGACUACCAACCCCCUACCGCCAUGAACGACUUAGAUCCCAACCAGAGAUGGAGAUUUGACCUCAAGUGCGGCUCGGCCUUCCCGUCACCAACAGAUGCUCGAAAGCCUGCGGAAUGUCCGUUGAGCUUAGCGACGACUCAGGAGCAUCAAAAGGCUAUUGCUUCCAUGAACCCAUCGUUUAUACCUGGCUGGCCAUACCAUUGCUGCUCGCCACACUACGCCCUGUGUGGGAGUGGUCCACUUUUCUGUGAUUGCAUGGGCUGCAUUGACUACCAGGAAGUGUACGGUUUGAAGAUACCAGCAGAACGGAUCCAGGUGAUUGCGUAA